CUUCAGCAGGAGCAGACAAAGAUCUUGGAAGGGUAUCAUCAUCCUCUGCUAGGAUGGAAAAUCGCCUCUUUGGCAAUAGCAGCAUUUUAUGGGAUCAUUAUCUGAUUCGCAGGAUCGUCCUUGAAUUCCUCCUCUUUUAUAGUCUUUUGAGAGGACAGGCGAGUAAUUCAAAGAGCAGAACUUAUUUUUAGGUUUAGUCUGAGCCUGAAAUAAACUGAGAAGGCUGAGUAGUGUUACGAUAAACAGGGAGUAGAACAGAGACAGGAAAUAGGGGGUCUUUGGUAAUGAGUUCCAGCCACUCCUGAAACAGAAAGCCAGAGAAAGAAUUACUUGAGAAUAGUUUCUCAGUGACAGCUUAAUAAUUUUUAGCUUGUUAUUCAACAUUAAAGGGGAACAGUUCCUGCAGUUUUAUGCCGUUCUUGAAAGAUCCCUUUUUUAAAGAUCAUUUAGCAAGUUAUCUUUUGGGUGUUUUCAGGGUUGCAUUGUUCGUGCUGCUAAGCGCUCUGCUGUUUAAAAAAACCAGAUGUUUGGGGGGGAGCCUGAAGUUUAUACAGUUCUGUGUUAUAUAUACACAUCUGUGAGAAGCCUUUGGGAUAAGGCUGUGGGACAGGGGCAGGGGAUUCAGCUGAAAAUACGAGCAGGCAUUGAAGAUUUGAGAAGCUGAGGGUUGAAAGGAGAAGAAAUCACAGCUACAUCCUGUAGAACAAAGCAGAGCGCUUGCUUCCAAAAGUUUCCUUUAACCCUGGGAAUGUGACUGCUGAGAUGGGCCCAAAGCAUGGAUGCUGAGAUUGAUAUUUACAAGCACUUCACGUGGCUAAAGAGGUCACAGGUGAACCAUCAUCCACCCAAUAAUGAAACUUAUCAGGAAAGGUUGGCACGAUUAGAAGGCGAUAAAGAGUCUCUCAUCCUGCAGGUGAGUGUUCUCACAGACCAGGUGGAAGCUCAAGGAGAGAAAAUCCGGGACUUAGAAAUCUGUCUUGAGGGGCAUCAGUUGAAGCUGAAUGCUACAGAAGAAAUGCUCCAACAGGAGCUGCUGAGUCGCACGUCUCUCGAGACCCAGAAGUUAGACCUGAUGGCUGAAGUUUCAGACCUGAAGAUUAAGCUGGUUGGAAUGGAAAAGGAGCAGAGUGAAUAUGAGGAGAAACAGAACAAAGCUGAGGGUUUGUUACAGGAGCUCAGACACCUGAAAAUUAAGGUGGAAGAACUGGAAAACGAAAGAAACCAGUAUGAGUGGAAAUUGAAAGCGACUAAAGCUGAGAUUGCGCAGCUCCAGGAGCAGCUGGCUCUCAAGGAUGCAGAGAUAGAGCGCUUGCAAAGUCAGCUCUCCAGGACCUCCUCCUACACAGAAGUGGCAGAAAGAGAGGAAGUUUAUAGGAGAAGGCUAAAAGAAAAACACCAAGAGGUUCAGCGGUUGAAGAUAGGAAUGGAGACGUUAUUGGCUGCAAAUGAGGAAAAGGACCGUCGGAUAGAGGAGCUGACACUUCUGCUAAGCCAGUACAGGAGGGUCAAGGACAUAAUGAUUGCAGCUCAUGGCUCUUCUGUCUCUGGUGCCAGUGAAGAGGAACUUGAGGCAACUUUAAGGAAGUGGAAUCUUUUGAAUAAUUCUCCAGGAGAAUUCCUGAAAGCAGAGGCCUCUGCAGGAGAAUUGUCUCCAGCUGUGCUCCCUCCAGUGCCACACAAAGCCAUGGAAAUCAGUGGAAGCAUUCCAGCACCUUCAAGCAGUUUAACCUCUCAACAGGAAGAAUCUUUGGAAAUCACAAAUAGGGUUCCUCAGAAAAAAAAGUCAAGUAGUUUAGAAGACUUGCAGAGCGAAUCCUUGGAAAAGUAUGUAGAUGGAAAACCAGCACAGCCUGUUGUAGAACAAGAGCAGAGUAAGGCAGUGGGGAAGGGCAGCAAGUACCAAACGCUGCCAGGAAAGCUGCCCCGAGCGCUGCAGAACGGAGAGCAGGGGAUGUAUGGCUCCCCAGAGGGAUGUGGCGCGAGUGACAACGGUGACAGCGGCGUCCCCAGCCUGAAUCGCGUCAGGAGUGUCAGUGCGCCCGUGCUAGGAGAAACAGAGAACAUGGAUGGUACAGGGGUCUCAGAUGACCUUUCACCCCUCUCUUCGGGAACGGACUCAGGUUCACAGUCUCCAUGGUCGCCAGAAAACAGAAAGAGUCCAAAAGGGAUCAAGAAAAUCUGGGGAAAAAUACGAAGAACUCAGUCAGGUAACUUCCCUGCAGACGACCUGGGCCUGGCAGAGUUUCGGAGGGGAGGUCUCCGCGCCACGGCUGGACCUCGCUUAUCCCGAUCCAAGGACACCAAAGGCCAGAAGAGCGACCACAAUGCCCCGUUUGCUCAGUGGAGCACUGAGAGAGUUUGUAACUGGCUUGAGGACUUUGGCCUGGGCCAGUACGUGAUUUUUGCCCGGCAGUGGGUGACAUCAGGCCACACGCUGCUGACAGCCACACCUCAGGACAUGGAAAAGGAAAUGGGAAUAAAGCACCCACUGCACAGGAAGAAGUUGGUUUUGGCCGUUAAAGCCAUAAAUGCGAAACAAGAUGAGAAGUCUGCACAACUUGAUCACAUCUGGGUGACACGGUGGCUUGAUGACAUUGGCUUACCUCAGUAUAAAGACCAGUUUCAUGAAUCCAGGGUAGAUGGGAGGAUGUUGCAGUACUUAACUGUGAAUGACCUUCUCUUCCUGAAAGUCACCAGUCAGCUGCAUCACCUGAGCAUUAAAUGUGCCAUUCAUGUGCUGCACGUCAACAGCUUCAACCCCAACUGUCUACGCAGGAGGCCAGUUGAGGAGAACAUCUCUCCUUCUGACGUGGUGCAGUGGUCCAACCACAGGGUGAUGGAGUGGCUGCGGUCGGUGGAUCUGGCGGAGUACGCGCCCAACCUUCGAGGCAGCGGAGUGCACGGGGGCCUGAUCAUCCUCGAGCCUCGCUUCAACGGCGACACGCUGGCCAUGCUCCUGAAUAUCCCUCCCCAAAAGACCCUCCUGCGCCGCCACCUCACCACUAAUUUUAACGUGUUAAUUGGGCCAGAGGCACAGCAAGAGAAGAGGGAAAUCAUGGAGUCAGCAGCAUACACGCCUCUGACCACCACUGCCAAAGUUCGGCCAAAGAAACUUGGAUUUUCGCAUUUUGGAAACUUAAGGAAAAAGAAGUUUGACGAAUCAACAGACUACGUUUGUCCUAUGGAUACAAGCCCAGCUGCUACCAAUGGCACCUCGAAAAACUAUGGUGGCUACAAAGGCCUCAGUCCUUUCAGUGACAGGGAACUGGAUCAGAUGGAACACUCAGAAGGCACAGUAAUGCAAAUAGGGGCUCUUUCCCAAGGCAUAACCCACCUCACGACGCUGCUGAGCCAGGAUGAGAUGCUGAAUGACAGCAGGUUUCUAACACCGACCUUUGAAGACUGGAGAUGAUGCCCCAGCAGGACGGAGAGCGCGACCCGAACCUCACGCCUGCAGGAGCGGCCAGGAGCAGCUGGAGGCCGUGCAGGAGGAGAGCUUUCCCUCUUUUCUGCCUCUGCCACCUCCCAUGUAGCAUUUCCUCACACACUGCAGCCCCACCUUGCAGGUAACUCUCCUCUGUGCUGUUUUCCCACCUCAUGUAAUGGCAAACAGGGGCUGGGAGAGGAGUGGGACUCUUAUCCAGAGUCUGGAAAGCCAAGACCGGCAAUGUUUUGUCCUUUUAUUCACUUGUCAUGUGCUAUGUUGAUGUACUGUUACACGAAAAACCUUCUGUCAUUUUUUAUUUUAUAAUUAACCUGGAGUGCAGGAAUCAUUAAUACAUAAUUGUACCUUGGGGGCAGAUCAGAGGUACCUGGAAUUCAGCUGGGUGCUGGUGUGAGCAGCAGCAAUGGCUCACCCACCACUCCUGUGGCUUUGCCAGACUGGUCCCCAGAAAGGAUUUCCAUCUCCCCUCCCUUUCACUGUCCUGCCCUCUUUUUAUCCAAGCCAGGGCACUGUAGGGUGGGAAUAAUGGAACCUAAUACUGUCCAUCAAGCCCUUGUUUUUAUUAGGAUGACAAGCUGCCACAUUCACAAAUCCUUACCUAAGGCAAGAACAACUGCAGCAGGAAAUUGUAACCAGGAAAGUACCAGAAUAAAAGAUGUACUUCUGUAAAACACCUGACAAAAUAAAUCUGCUGCUGUUGUACUGGGCUAGACAGGAGUGCAUCAGAGAGAAGUAUUGAGGGGCUGAGGUUGAAGCUGCCACCUUGACAGCAGCAGUUAUUUGUGGCAUCUGUUUACAUGUACAUACUAAUGAGCUAUUAACAAGCUCUCUCAGUAAACAGAUAAAUGCCAGAAAAGUCUCCUUAAUUGUAAGGAAAAGUACUUUGUACAGUGCUGGUUUGCAUUACUCUCUCCUUGCUGGCUGCAAGUGUUCUUUAGAUUUUAAUAUAGCCUCAGGGCAGGUCACUGCCAGCCACAACCCUCCCAGAUUAAGAGGGAAAUUGCAGGGCUGGCCACAGGAUGCUGCAAGGGCUCUUUGAGAACUACCUGGGGUGUUUUUUACAGGUGAUCUAUCCUGGUCCUCACUUCACCAGUGUCUCCUGACAGACCUUGCACUGUAUGGUCAGGUGUAAGAAGAUAAACACAUGACUUGAUUGUCCACAGUGGUAAAAUCAAGGCAAGCUCUUUUCAGUCACUGCAAAGUGCAAAAAGGGAAAAUUCAGAAGGAUGAGAAAUGAGCCUAUGCAUGAGCAAACCACUAAUGUUUAAUGUUUGAUCAAAGGUGUUAAAUGUUCCAGUCUGGCAAUGCAGUCAGUGCUAGUGACCAGCUCAGGUACCACGGGCAUUUGGAAUAUUUCAUUAGGUCAAUUAGCCAACAAACUUAGUACAGCACUGCAAAUGGGAUUGCUGCUCCAGCAGCCCUGGGAUAUCCCAAACACACUAUUUCCUAUUUCUUUCAAUGCUGUAUUUACAACUCAGUGUGUUGUUGUGGAUA